AGAUUCUUUGGCGGUUUUUUUUGUCUUAACUGACUAUGUGUGACUAAAAGGUCGAGUUUUACUUGCAGCUUAGCUGCUGAGAAUAUGGCCCAAUUUAUUCAUAGAAGAAUAGUGGUCUUAAAGAAAUAAUAGUUUAAAAAUGUUUAUUUCUAUGCCCAAGAAAAGACAUUAGCCAAAUCUACGAUCACCAACAGAUGAUCGAGGACACUUUUAGUUUCUGUGUCAUCUUAUGCUAUUCCUGUGGGAACCCUUCUGUGUUUUGGAAACAAUCAAAUAAACCAGUGAGCACACUUUCGUCAUGCUGAAAACAACAAUCCAUGUUUAGCCGGUGGGUGGCGCAGCUUGGUGAACUGGUGCUCUUUGUUUUGGUUGCCCAGGCAGCUCUCAAACCAGUAAUGCCUCCUGUGAUCAAGGACCAACCUUUCAACAUUUUCUGGGCUGCCCCUACUUUGUUUUGUAAAAAUAAUUUCGAUGUAAAUAUAAAUCUUCAAGUGUUUAACAUCAUUCCAAAUCCUUUUGAAACGCAGAGUGGAUCCACUAUUGCCGUUUUUUAUCCAAAGGAACUCGGAUAUUAUCCGUAUUUCUCUGAAGAUGGAACAUCCUUCUAUGGUGGAAUACCUCAGAAUGUGAACCUCUCUGAGCACCUCAGGAAAAGUGCCAGAGACAUUGCGGAUGUUGUCACUUUGUGGAGAUCAGAAGGACUUGCUGUUAUCGACUGGGAAGGCUGGAGACCCCAGUGGGAUAGGAAUUGGGGCAGCAGAAUAAUAUAUAAAAACCACUCGCUAGCCUUCACUCGACACCACCAUCCUGACUGGGCUGAAACGAAAGUGAGAACAGUUGCCCAGCAAGAAUUUGAAAAGGCUGGAAGAAGUUUUAUGAACGUUACUCUCACGUUGGCUUUAGAAAUGAGACCAAAGCGUUUAUGGGGCUUCUAUCUCUAUCCAGAUUGCUAUAACUAUGAUUACCGGAUAAAUCCCGAGUUCUACACAGGUAGUUGCCCAGAUGAUGAAAUUUUCCGCAAUGAUCAACUCACGUGGCUGUGGGAAAAAAGUGCGGCACUUUAUCCUUCCAUAUAUUUGAGUAAAAUAUUAAAAUCAAACUUAAAUGCACUGAAAUUCGUUCACUUUCGAGUGAGAGAAGCCCUCAGAGUUGCCGAGAUGACUAGAAAGGACUAUGCUUUGCCAGUUUUUAUUUUUUCCAGGCCAUUCUAUUUGCAGAGUAUUGAGGCUCUAUCAGAGGAGGACUUAGUGCACACAAUCGGUGAAAGUGCUGCAUUGGGAGCAGCAGGAAUAAUACUGUGGGGAGGAUAUGAAUAUUCUGAUACAAAGGAGACUUGCUUAUCUGUGCAACAAACUGUUCACGGGCAAUUGGGCCCCUAUGUUCUCAAUGUAACAUCAGCAGCAAAGCUCUGUAGUAAAAGUCUAUGUAACAGUCAUGGAAGAUGUGUUCGAAAGACACCAGAAUCCUCCUUUUAUCUACAUAUGCCUGAGGAUAGCCGCAAGAAUUAUGUCCCAAACAAAAGUUUCAGUUUUGUCAUUUCUCCAAAAAGUAAGCUGAAGACCAUAAUGAAUAUGAAGAAUGGAUUUGUGUGUCACUGUUACUAUGGCUGGCAAGGAGAGUCCUGCAAGUCUCAUUCUCCAAAUCUCCAAAAGGACAAGGCUCCUGCAACUGGGUUUAAUUCAGUAGCUUCUGUUGGCAUGGCCUUAUUUGUAAUUCUGAUGAAUUUUUGUCCUAUUCCCUACUACACUGGUGAUUUUUCUUUAAAACACUAAAGUGAAAAAACAUUAUUUUUCUUUGAUUUCAAGCCUUUUCUAAUGAAUUUUUAGUUUUAAGUUUCAUACAAGUUGUUCGAUGCUUACUUCAUGCUGGGCAAUAGGAAUAGACCUGUCCUCAUGGAGCUUAGAAAUCAAGAAAAGAUAAGUGAUAAAUAGACCAAUAUGAUGGUGAUAGUAGUUUAUAGAAUAAAGAGAAAACAGGUUUAGGGCAUUAGAAAGUGUUAGUGAACACUGGGAAUUUUAUAAAAGUUUGUCACAUAAGGCCUUUAGAGUGAGAAAACCAAGUAGCAGAUGAAUUAGGUCAACACUGUCAGGGAGCCAGAUAUUAGAGUUUCCUCCUGUAAUCUGAGCACCUGGAAGGCAGAGAUCAAUUACAAGUUCAAGGCCAGUUUGGCUUAUGAAGUGAGCUAAAAAGUCAGUCAAGCCAACAUAGUGAGAGUUUGGUUUAAAAAAAAGAAAGAAAAGGAAACUAGAAACAAAAUAGGAAAGAAAAGAAUGUAACGUAUCUGGGGAAUGUGUUCUUGAAACAAAAAAGAGCAAAUCCAGAGGAAACAAUUCUGCAUUCCAGGGAUUGUAAACUUCUAAAUAACAAGCAACACAACAGUAACAAAACAACAAUGGCAACAAUGACACCACUAGGAUACUCACCUAUCGAGAUGAAAACGACUCUUUAAAUGGUGUCAUCAAAGAUUAACUUUAUCCAGAGGACGUUUGGCUCAUCAAUACCAAAAGAUAAACUGUAAGAACUUUCUACACAAUAGGACUUAUGUCAGAAAUUCUUUUGUUUGAUACUUUUUUGGUUUAUUGAAAUAUACCACACCCAAACAG